CUGAAGUGUUUUAUUAGGUCCAGAGCUCUGUGAAUUGUCCCGUUCAGCAGCACAGAGGGAAUGGCAGAGAUCAUGACAAGCAACCAGGACCUUUUCACAUGCCCAGUUUGUUUGGACAUUCUCAGGGAUCCAGUAACUAUUCCCUGUGGACACAAUUACUGCAUGGACUGCAUUAAGGGUUGCUUGGAUCAGGAAGAUCAUAAGGGAGUCUACAGCUGCCCCCAGUGCAGACACACGUUCACUCCAAGACCUGUUCUAUACAAAAAUAAUGUUUUUGCUGAGCUUGUGGAGCAGUUCAGGAAGACCAGAAUUCAAGCUGCUGUUCCUGCUCCUGUUGUAUGUGCUGGUCCCGGGGAGGUGGAGUGUGACGUCUGUGCUGGGAGAAAACUCAAAGCUGUGAAGUCGUGUCUGGACUGUCUGCUGUCUUACUGUGAAACCCAUUACAAAGUUCACAACGAUGUAAAUCCUGGACGAAAACACAAGGUGGUUGAUGCCACAGGUCAGCUGCAGGAGAGGAUCUGCACCCAACAUGAGAAGCCUCUUGAGAUAUUCUGUCGCACGGACCAGAGUUGUGUUUGUUUGUUCUGUCUGGUUGAUGACCACAAAGGCCAUGACACUGUGUCAGCCUCUACUGGGAAAAUGGAGAAACAGGACGAAACCCACAGAAAUAUCCGUAAGAGAAUCCAGGAGAGAGAGAAGAAACUGCAGAAGCUGAGGACGGCUGUGGAGACUAUCAGGAGUUCUGCACAGACAGCAGUAGAGGACACUGGGAGGAUCUUUUCUGAGAUGAUCUGCUCCAUUGAGAGAAGGCGCUCUGAACUGAAAGAGCUGAUCAGAGUUCAGGAGAGGGCUGAGGUGAUUCGGGCUGAAGGAGUCCUGAAGCAACUGGAGCAGGAGAUUUUUGAGCUGAAGAGGAGAGAAGCUGAGCUGGAGAAGCUUUCUCACACACAGGACCACAUCCAUUACCUCAAGACUUAUCAAUCGGUCGGUGACCUACCUGAGUCUAAAGACUUAUCCAUCAUUGAUGUCAGCUCAAGCCUGUUUUUUAACAAUGUGAGGAAAUCUGUCUCCACGCUAAAGGGACAGCUGGAGGAUUUCUGCAAGAAGGAAUUCAUAAAGAUCUCCACAGCUGUGACUGAAGUCCGAGUUAUUUUCCCUUCUGAACCAACAACCAGAGAGGAAUUCCUGCAAUUUUGUUUAGACAUUCUCAGGGAUCCAGUGACUAUUCCCUGUGGACACAAUUACUGCAUGGGCUGCAUUAAGGACUGCUGGGAUCAAGAGGAUCAGAAGGGAGUCUACAGCUGCCCCCAGUGCAGACACACGUUCACUACAAGACCUGUUCUAUACAAAAAUAAUGUUUUUGCUGAGCUUGUGGAGCAGUUCAGGAAGACCAGAAUUCAAGCUGUUGUUCCUGCUCCUGUUGAAUGUGCUGGUCCCGGGGAAGUGGAGUGUGAUCUCUGUACAGGGAGAAAACUCAAAGCUGUGAAGUCGUGUCUGGACUGUCUGUUGUCUUAUUGUGAAACUCACUACAAAGUUCACAACGAUGUACAUCCUGGACGAAAACACAAGAUGGUUGAUGCAACAGGUCAGCUACUGGAGAGGAUCUGCAUCCAACAUGAGAAGCCUCUGGAGAUAUUCUGUCGUACGGACCAAACUUGUGUUUGUUUUCUCUGCAUGGUGGAUGAUCACAAAGGCCAUGACACUGUGUCAGCCUCUGCAGGGAGAAAGGAGAAACAGACAUACCUAGAAGAGACCCAGAGGACAUUUCAGCAGAGAAUCCUGGAGAGAGAGAAGAAGCUACAGGAGCUGAGGAAGGCUGUAGAGACUCUCAAGAGCUCUGCACAGACGGCAGUGGAGGACCGUGAGAGGAUCUUUACCGAGAUGAUACUUACCAUUGAGAGAAGACGCUCUGAGGUGAAAGAGCUGAUCAGAGUUCAGGAGAAGGCUGAGGUGAGUCGGGCUGAAGGCCUCCUGAAGCAGCUGGAGCAGGAGAUUGCUGAGCUGAAGAGGAGAGAUGCUGAGCUGGAACAGCUUUCGCACACAGAGGAUCACAUCCAUUUCCUCAAGUCAGUGAGCAACCGACCAGAGAUUACAAACGUAUCCAGUAUCUAUGUUAACCAAGGACUCUCUUUUGAGACUGUCGAGAAAUCUGUCUCCUCACUAAAGGGGCAGUUGGAGGAUUUCUGCAAAGAGGAAGUCAUGAAGAUAUCUGCCGCAGUAAUGACUAAAGUCCAUGGUCUUUUGUCAUCGGAACCUACAACCAGAGAGGAAUUCCUAAGAUACUCCUGUCAUUUCACACUGGAUGCAAACACAUCACACAGAACGCUCCGUCUGUCUGAGGGGAACAGGAGGAUGGAGAGGAGCUUUGAGCUCCAGUCAGCUCCUGAUCAUCCAGAGAGAUUUGAUGGUUGGUGGCAGGUGCUGUGUAAAGAGGGUGUGUCAGGACGCUACUGGGAGGUUGAGUGGAGUGGGGAUGAGGUUGGUAUAGCAGUCUCGUAUAAAAAUAUCAGCAGGAAAGGACGGGGUGAGAACAGGUUUGGAUGUAAUGAUAAGUCCUGGAUUCUGGAACUGUCCCGCUCCAAGUCUUCUUUCUGGCACAAUAAUAAAGACACUAAUCUCCCUCUAGUGGCCACCUCCAGAAUAGGAGUGUAUGUGGAUUACAGGGCAGGAACGUUGGCCUUCUACAUCUCUGACACAAUGAUCCUCCUGCACAAGGUCCAAACCACAUUCACUGACACACUCUAUCCUGGGCUUUGGCUCGAUAAAAGCUCAUCAGUGCAACUGUUGCCCUGUCAACUCAUUAGCGCACUCAGGGAAAUGGCAGAGUCCAUGACAAGUAACCAGGACCUUUUUAUGUGUCCGAUUUGCUUGGACAUUCUCAGGGAUCCAGUGACUAUUCCCUGUGGACACAAUUACUGCAUGGACUGCAUUAAGGGUUGCUUGGAUCAGGAAGAUCAGAAGGGAGUCUACAGCUGCCCCCAGUGCAGACACACGUUCACUCAGAGACCUGUUCUAUACAAAAAUAAUGUUUUUGCUGAGCUUGUGGAGCAGCUCAGGAAGACCAGAAUCCAAGCUGUUGCUUCUGCUCCUGUUGAAUGUGCUGGUCCUGGGGAGGUGGAGUGUGAUCUCUGUGCUGGGAGAAAACUCAAAGCUGUGAAGUCGUGUCUGGACUGUCUGUUGUCUUAUUGUGAAACUCACUACAAAGUUCACAACGAUGUAAAUCCUGGACGAAAACACAAGGUGGUCGACGCCACAGGUCAGCUACUGGAGAGGAUCUGCACCCAACAUGAGAAGCCUCUGGAGAUAUUCUGUCGUACAGAUCAAACUUGUGUCUGUUUUCUCUGCAUGGUGGAUGAUCACAAAGGCCAUGACACUGUGUCAGCCUCUGCAGGGAGAAAGGAGAAACAGACACACUUGGGAGAGACCCAGAGCAAAGUUCAGCAGAGAAUCCAGGAGAGAGAGAACGAGUUGCAGGAACUGAGGAAGGCUGUGGAGACUCUCAAGAGUUCUGCACAGACAGCAGUAGGGGACAGUGAGACGAUCUUUUCUGAGAUGAUCUGCUCCAUUGAGAGAAGUCGGUCUGAAGUGAAAGAGCUGAUCAGAGCUCAGGAGAAGGCAGAGGUGAGUCGGGCUGAAGGACUCCUGAAGCAACUGGAGCAGGAGAUUGCUGAGCUGAAGAGGAGAGAUGCUGAGCUGGAGCAGCUUUCACACUCAGAGGACCACAUCCAUUUCCUCAAGACUUUCCAGUCGGUGAGCAACUCACCUGAGAGUAAAGCUGCAUCCAGCAUCUAUGUUAACCAAGGCCUUUCUUUUGAGGCCGUCAACAAAUCUGUCUCCACACUGAAGGGGCAGCUGGAGGAUUUCUACAGGGAGGAAUUCAUGAAGAUGUCUUCAGCGGUGGCUGAAGUCCAGGUUAUUUUGCCUUCUGAGCCAACAACCAGAGAAGAGUUCCUACAAUACUCCUGUCACUUCACACUGGAUCCAAACACAGCAAAUGAAUACCUCCAUCUGUCUGAGGGUAACAGGAAGGUGGAGAAGGGGAGUAUGUCACAGUCAUAUCCUCAUCAUCCAGAGAGAUUUGAUCAAUUUUAUGAGGUGCUGUGUAGAGAGUGUGUGUCUGCACGCUGCUACUGGGAGGUUGAAUUGAGUGGGGAUUGGGUCAAUAUAGCAGUCUCAUAUAAAAGCAUCAGCAGGAAAGGACGGGGUAAUGACUGUGGGUUUGGAUGGAAUGACCAGUCCUGGAGGCUGGAGCUCACCAACUCCAGCCCCAGCUCAUUCUGGCACAAUAAUGAAGAGACUGAACUCCCUCUAGUGCGCAGCUCCAGAAUUGGAGUGUAUGUGAAUCACAGGGCAGGGACUCUGGCUUUCUACAGUGUGUCUGACACAGUGACCCUCCUGCACAGAGUCCAGACCACAUUUACUCAGACACUGUACCCUGGGUUUUGGCUAAAUAAUAGCUCGUCAGUGAAGCUGCUGUGAGUAUUCUCCGUUGAGAAUUGGUCUUGUAUUAUUCAGGCCAUGCAGGUCCCUUCUGCUGCAGUUGGAGGCAUUAGUGUUUCAGCUUUGGAAGGAAGGACGAGUAGUGUACAGCAUAAAAGUUUAUAUAAAUGAUAUAUGUAAAGUAUCAGAGGUAUUGAAAUUAGUACUUUUUGCAGAUGACACAAAUAUUUUUUGCUCAGGAAAUGAUUUAAAGAAAUUACAAGAUGAUAUUACGAAAGAAAUGAGUAAAUUAAAGAUAUGGUUUGAUUAUAAUAAACUGUCCUUAAAUUUGUCUAAGACCAAAUUUAUAUUAUUUGGAAAUUGUAAAAAGGAUACAUGGGUACAUAUUUCAAUUGAUGGGGUGGAUAUUGAAAGAGUUUCUGAAAUAAAAUUCCUUGGAGUCACCAUCGACGAUCAAAUUAGUUGGAAACCACAUAUUAAACAUCUGCAAAAUAAGUUAUCAAGGAGUAUUGCAGUACUAAAUAAAGCAAAACCACUUCUGGAUUAUAACUCACUCCACAUCCUUUACUGUUCAUUAAUUUUACCUUAUUUAACUUACUGUGUAGAAGUCUGGGGAAACACUUAUAAAAGCUCACUGUGCUCAUUAAUUGUUCUACAAAAAAGAGCAGUACGCAUUAUUCACAAAGUUGGAUAUCUGGACCACACUCAUACACUAUUUCUACAGUCAAACAUUUUGAAAUUCACUGAUAUAAUAGUAUACCAAACAGUACAGAUAAUGCAGAGAGCAAAAAGUAAUGAGCUCCCAGGGAAUAUUCAGAAAGUAUUCAUUAUUCAAGAGGGGUAUUAUGAUUUAAGGGGAGAAUCUAAUUUUAAAAGGUUCAGUAAUAGAACAACUUUGAGAGGUUUCAGUAUAUCAAUUUGUGGGGUAAGGUUAUGGAAUGGUUUAAAUGUGGAUUUAAAGAAAUGUCCAAACAUGAAACAGUUUAAAAAAAGAUUUAAAAAGUCAAUUUUCAAGCAGUACUUGCUUGACUAGUACUUGAGAGCAGUACUAGGGGUGUUACUGUGGUGGUGCCUUCGAUUCGGAUGGGAUCCACAUUGUGGUGUGGGUAGUGUGGUGCACAUUUGUGUCCGUAUGAUUAGAGAUAUCAAUGGGGGUGGGAUUUAAUAAGUUUAUACUUCUUCCCACUCCCUUUCAAAUGUAAAAAAAAUAGAUUCUUUAUUUUGUGUUGUUUUCUGUUUUCAUAUGUGCUGUACAUUUGAAAUAAAAUAAAAAAUCAAAUCAAAUCAAAGUCAAAGUUCAAACAUUGGCUCUCGAAUAGUUUCAGAAUGUAAUUUUCACACAACUCUCUUUAAUAAAAAUGGGGUGUUACUCUGUGUGCCCACUCAAUUUCUUGAAAAAAGUUUUGAAUUUGUACAUCUUAUUUUACUUUAAUCAUAAAGACCAAGAAAAUAGAUAAAAUGAAAACAUAUUUUG